UGGAAUGAUGAUUCAGAAUAAGUAGUAUCAUACAAGUACAUUCCUUUAUUAGGUCAUGUUUGUUGAUGAAAAAUAAAAAAAAUCAAAUAAAUAUAAUCACAUGGUAUACAUAGAUCUAAUAUUCUCCAUUUCUUAAUAAUUAAGGCCUCACACAAGUAUUUCACAAUUCAUGAUUUGGUAAACCAUGAGUUCUACAUGCAGAAAGGAAGAAUCUACAACAAUCAAUUGGCAACAAGCUACCAAGAUUACAGAGUUGAAACUGGACACUAUUCCUCUUGAACUUUUUAUGUUGAUCUGUUCUUAUCUGGAUGCCAAGUUUGUCAUUCAUACACUAGGACAAGUGUGUCAUCUCUUCCAUGAUCGUAUUCAAGAUGACCUAAUAUGGAAAAUGAGGAUCAGUAAACGAUGGCCAAAGAAAUACCCUUUAGUAGAAGCUGGUAACAGUUUUAACUGGAAGAAAGCUUGCAUCGAACGAGAAGAACACUGGAGACUAUGGAAAGACUGGAAGAACAAUAUGAAGUUUUAUUGUUUCAGUGGUGCUCAUUAUGCUGCUGUAGAUGUUACUCAUAUAUUUCAGGAUGGUGCAACAUGUGCUUCAGGAUCAAGAGACCACUGUUUGAAGAUUUGGAACCUAAAUAAACUUGAUUGUGUGACACAAGGUUCUGAAUCUGACUUUUUACCUUGUUUAUCUCUUGUGAAAGUGGAUGCACACAGUGGCUGGAUCUGGGACAUUAUCUCCAGUGGACAUACAUUGUAUUCAAGUUCGUGGGAUGGUCUAGUUAAGGCUUGGGACGUUCAAAGAAACUGCAGUGAAAUAGCAUAUAACAAGUGGUCUGCGGCUGUUCUGUCACUUGCUAUUCAUCAGGAUAUGUUGGUGGCAGGUACCUUUGACAGAAAAGUGCGAAUGAUGGAUCCUAGAGUUGGCUUAAAAUUUGUUGGUGAACAUUCAGUGCACAAGAAACCAGUACUGUGUAUGGAGGUUAACAGUAAGUUUAUAAUAUCAGGAAGUGAAGAUGAAACUGUUGUCAUUUUUGAUCGAAUUGCUGGAAAGGUGCAUUCUAUAAUAAAGUUUGAAGAAUUUCCAAUGUGUCUUUCAUACCGACAUGGACAGUUGUGGAUUGGAGACAAACAAGGCUGGAUCCAUCUAGUUGAUCCUACAAAUGAAAAGUUUGAAAUUGUUCAGUCUUACCACACAGGUCAUUCCGGAAAGAUCACUGGGAUUCAACACUCCCUCGGAAGUAUCAUAACAUCUUCCACAGACAAAACCAUCAGAGUGCUUGAGCCCUGUGCAAAUCCUGAAGUUAUAGCAGUUCUGCCUGGCUGUGGAGAAGUAACUGGGGUUUCCCUACACAACCACACCUUAGUUAGUGCUGACAGUGACAACUCCAUCUAUAUCUGGACUCCUCUGGCUGAGUGAUUUAGUUAGCGAUCAAGACAAUUUUUUUAAAUAUAUACUUCUAAAUGUAGUUAGUUAAUUUAUUAAUAGGAAACAAAGUGUAACUAAUUCAUACCAUCUAAACACAAGUGAUAACAUAUAACCAGCAGCUUAUAACAUAGUGAAUAUUGUUAGAAAGGAAUUUGUGAAGGUACUGUACUUAAGGUUUUUAUUUUGCAGCACUCGUACACUCACUUAAGACAUGCAUUUAUUUUUAUUUUUUGUUUUUUAAUUCUUACCUUAAUAUUAGGUUGAUUUUUAUAUCUUCAGAAAUGUUUUUACAUUGUACUUCUGAGAAGAUUAAAGUCUUUUAAGGUUUAUGCCUUUGACUAAUAUAUCAGUAAUAUUAAAAUUGUUACAUUUAUGAAUCUUUAUCAUUACAAACUGUAUAAGAAAGUUGUAAUUUCUCCUAUAUUAUUCUUAUUUGUGACUUUUUGAGUGUGAAAAAGGCCUAGCAUGGCCCAUUGGUUAGUGUGACAGACUAACUGUGGAGCUGAGAUUUCAUGGUUCGUGGCUUCUCACCACC